UUCAUUCAAUUUUUGGUGGGCGCGGAUGUAAACAAACCUAAAUUUGGUGCUCCAACGGUUUUCGCGAAUUAGAUCACGUUUUUACUUAAUUUUAUCGAAAAAUAAAUUAUAUUCUGUGAAAUGCAGUAAACUCCGCGCGAAAUGGCCAACGAAAGUUUUGACUUUAACAUUACCAAGUUCCUGGCGGAACAGAAACAGCUACUGGCGCUGGAAAAGGAACGUUUUGCGGUGGAGAAGAUAAACCUGCUGGAACCGGCCAGCAACGAGGUGGCCACCGCCGGUUCGUCUCGGGACGAUGACGCGCUGAAACGGGCCAAGGAUGACCAGAACGCCAAGUUGGUGGGGAAGGGACGGGAUGGUAACAAGGAAAACGUUCCGAAGGGUUCGGAGAAGAAACCGGAAGUGGAAGGCGAGUGUCCGGUGGAGCGGAUGCUCCGCGAGGGAAGCUUCCAGAGGUUGCAGGUGAAACACAGUCCGCAGUAUUCGAGUGAGAAGAGGGAGGAAGCGGUUGAUGUUGCUGAGGUCAUUGAGCAGAGAUUUGUCAGGAAGAAGCUGGACCAUCUUCAUAGUACAAUACUGGAAGGUUCACCGAAGACACCCGACCGACAGCAGCAACAGGAUGAGAUGGAACAGUGGGUGUCGGACACCUUCUACUCGUACUUUCCCAGCUUCAACAAGAACCAAAACGAGAAGAAAUCGAUGCUGUCCCGGGCGCGCCAGGCCGACUACCAAGAGUAUCUGAAAAAUAUCCCCCAGGUCACCACGAAACACCAGCAGUACAUGGAAAAGUUCGGCCACCAGGCCGUCCAAACCGUCAACGAAGUGGGCACCAACACCAACCACAACAACAGCGGCAGCAACCUAAAGUCGACCUCAACCGCCAAGAACUACCUGUCCCCAUCGACGGCCGCCACCCCCAACGUGAGCUUCAGCCCGCACCUGGUCACGUCCUCCUCAUCUCCGGCCCAUAACCCGAUCCGGAAGACGGUGGCCAGCGAACCGAGCGCGUACAUGCGCAAAGGUAGCCCCCGCGAGAAGUUGAUCGAAGAUCUGACCCACACUGACCUGUCCACCAUUCUCACCACAGACACGAUCGACCGCCGGAACCGGAUGCUGGCGGAAGAGGAAAGCCGGCGCAAGCUGGAGUACCAGAAGGAGCUGAUCAAGCAGAUCGACGAGAAGCGGAAGGAGGUCGAGCGGUUGCGGGAGAAAGAGAAGUUGGAGGAGGAAAUGCUGACGAGUCGUUUGGAGCAACAGCUGAAAACCAUGCAACUCGAGGAAGAACUGGAACGCGAGAAGCAACGCAGCGAAAAGAUUCGUCUCGCCAACGAGCAGAACCACAUCCGCCGGCUGCAGCUUCUCUCGAAGCUCGAGAACGACCACAAGGUAUUCAAUCCGUACGACGCCGACCGCAAGACGCUGUCCGAAAACGGCAAGGAGAUCUACCUGGACUCGUCCCAGCAGCAGCGCAAAGUCAGUCAUCUCGGCGGAAGUGGUCCCGCCCACCCGGGCAAGGACAAAGUGUACCGCUACUUUAGCAACUCGGCGCAAAAUCCGGCCAGCCUUGCGUCGACCAGUUUGUCUUCGGAGAUGGAGUACGAUUCUUCCAGCGAGUCCGUGGGUCAGCAACCUGGGAACCGGUACCAGUACUGCAAGAACUGCCGGGCGGACAUUGAUCGGUCGUUUUUACCGCCGCGGACACACUCGAGGCACCAUUAUCAGCAUCACGCGAGCAUGACGACGCCAAAGUCUCACAGGAAGGGGACGACGACGGGUGAGGAGCACAACUGUUUGAACUGCCGAAAACGGAUAGAAAAGUUGUGCGCAAACUGUGACCGCGUUAUGAAGAGGUCCGUUAAGAAGAGCUUGUGUGCGAUCUGCCAGCAGGCGAUGGAGAACAGCCGGAUGCAGAAGGAGGCUCAGUCGGAGCUAAAGCGGCAGAGGAGCAAACUGUUACGCUCCAUGGAAAUGCUAGACGACGAAGAGGAUGAUCCGAGGCCAGCCUAUCCCACCACCGGAACUUCCCCCACCAACCCGUACAAAAUCAUCGACAUUCAGUACCACGAAAGUGACAACGACCACGACCUGGCCGUGCUCAACCCGGUGAUCGUGCGGAACAACUACAAAAAACAACCCUACUCCGUCAACAUCGCCAAGGAAUCGCUCUUCCACCCAAGCAAAAAGACCCCAGAGCCGAGAGUGGCCGUCAACAUCCGCAACGGGGAGGUCUUUGUGGACAACAACCUGGGACACGGCCGCCACGAGGACACCGAUGACGUGACGACGGACGAAAUGGACGACCGGAUCUCGAAGUACGUGCGCCACUACAACACGCUCUGGAUGAAGCGGGGCAUGAGGCAGAACAACAACCUCAAGAAUGGGAACGUCCUGAACGGGGAAAAGUUGUCGCCGUCGGCGAUGGCCGGAAAUGGGGGGAACGGAGCGAAGCUGCCAUCGCUUUCGCCGCCGAAAGUGUACGUCAGCGAUCGACCGGACAACGUGAAGAGUGACGCGAUGAAGACCACCGAGAAGAAGUGGGACGUUCCCGCUGUGGAGCGCACCAAAGUAUCCGCGGAAUCCCCGAGGGUGCUAACCCAGCUUGGCGCCAUCCGGAAGCAACUGCAGCUCGAGCAGCUUCAGAUGGAUAACCAAGGGCAUCAGCAGCAGCAGCAACAGCAUCAUCAGGACCACCACAAUUAACAACUAUGGGCGUUGGGUUGUUGACUCGCAAACUUAAAAACCGUCCAAUCCUCUACUCCAUCCAUAAAAAAACAUAUCACAAAAACUAUCUUCGUAAGCAAUAACCGGGUUUAGACUGUAUGACAGUGACUUUUACUUUACUUCUUUUUUUUUGAUAAGGGAAAACAUCGGUUAAAUAUAUUACAAAAGUUCAAUUUAAA